AUGUGUUUGUUUUACAAUCGACGCCUCUUCGUGAUUCAAUUGAUUGAGAUCCUGCUGCUGCUGCUGCUAACCGACCACAAUGGACGACUGACACUAACGAAGGAGUCGACAACAGUUGCCGCCGCCGUCACCCAACCGAAGAACUCAACCGCACUCCUGCCGUAUCUGCAGAUCCAGAGGCACGCCGUCACAAGACUGACCAUCAGCAGGCCCCACUCCCCGUACUAUUUGCCAUGCACACCCAUCCUGUCGCCCUACAACUACGAUCAGGAAGUCCAGCCCAUCUACUGCAGCUGGUAUCGGAAUGAUUUGGUCGUCGAGCAAGUGUCCUUCCGCAAGAAUGACUUCUUCAUCUAUGAUAAUGGCACGCUGCGUCUGCCCACGAAUGAGAAGGCCAGUGGAGAGUACUACUGCAAGAUCGAGUGGGAUGAGUCGGCGGUAAUUUCCGACCGGAUCACUGUCGAGUACCCAGUGCUCAAGCGUCUUUUUCCGGGUCAACAGCAGACGGCCAACAUCAGUGCGAUAGAAAACAAGCCCCUUGUGCUGAGUUGUCCCUUCCUGAGUGUACCAGCUGCCCGUUUUAGCUGGUAUUUCGGCAACGAUUCCCUGACCAAUGACAACAGUGCUCUGAUCCUAUCGAAUGGUACUUUGAUAUUGCGUGAUUUGCGGAUGGAACAGGCUGGCAAAUACAAAUGCGUGGCCCAGAACACUUUUGCCAGCAAGGCGCACCGCCAGUUCAUUUGGCAAUUGCGCGUGGAACCCAAGGAUGCCCCAUAUUAUCCCAAAAACGAGGCUGGGAUCCCGGAGACAGCCGUUUCGCAGGCCCAACUACUGCCGGCGUUUCAGAAUGAAACAGUUUUUGUGCCCUCUGGAGGAUCCGUAUUGCUGCAAUGCCACGCGGUGGCGGACUUUGUGGCCAUCGAUUGGUAUCUGCACUCGGCCAACAACAAGGUGAUCAGCCUGAGCAACAACAGCGUGGCCUAUUCCAUCACGAAUGCCAGUGUUUCGCAGCACGAGGGUCGUUACAGUUGCGUAACGCUGCUGGAAACGCAAACAUUCCAGGUGAUAGUGACCACACCGCCGAGGAUAGUCAAUCGCCUGCCCGUCGAGGUGGUGUACAUUGGCCUUUCGAGGACCCUAACCUGCCGGGCCGAGGGUCAUCCGGAGCCGAGUAUCACCUGGUACCACAACGGAGUCCAUCUGAAUAGCUCCUUUACCCGCUACAUUAGCGGCAACGAGUUGCAUGUCCACUCUUUUGAUUCCAAGGAGGAGGGCAUCUACCAGUGUGUGGCCCGGAAUGUGGCUGGCGCGGAUUCGGCCACGGGUGAACUGCGUUUCAAUCGGCAGCUGGAGGAGAUCAACCCGUUGCAGAAUAUCCGUUGCUAUCCACACAGUUUCCACACCAUUAACAUUACGUUUGACAGCCGCAGCUUGACCUCGAUGUUUGUGGUCUAUAUCGUGAAGAGCAAUCCGCACAGCUGGAAUUCCUUUGGGCCCAUGAAGCUGAAUCAGACCUCCUACGUGGUGAUAUCCACUAAUCUGCCGGUUUACGAGCCCUUUGCCCUGAUCACCCGGGUUUUGUUUCCCACCACGGAGGUGAGAACAGGAACCUCGGUUCCCCAGCAGAUGAUACUUAGUUCUUUGAGAAGUACGCCAGUUAUCUGCUGCACCCAGGGAUUAAUGCUUCGACCCAUCGCCGUGGGCAACGACACCUUUGUCAAGUGGUCGCAGGGCAAAUUGGACAACAAGAAGUACUUCAUUCUGCAGUUCUCCAUCAAUCACACCCAUCCGCAUCCCGCGCAGCUGCUAAAUGGAUCUCUAUAUGGCACCCUUUCCAAGGACGGUAGUCCUGAGGAAAAGGCCGACGAAGUGCGUCGCCAUCUGAAGAUAAUCCAGCCGCUAAAUCAAUCUGCGGCAGCCACUGUUCUAAGGAAUGUCGAGCACGAGGACAACGUGGUGGAUGACAUGACUUUGGAGCUGGAGGAGGACAUUUUCAGCCUGGUAGUAGAUGCCAAUGUGACGGGAAUGCUGCUACAACAUUUCACACGCAUCAAGAUGCGAGUGCUGAUCAUCACCAGCGAGAAUGAGUUCCUGGGUCAGGACUUUCGCUAUGUUCAGUGGAAGAUUAUUGAGAAUGGCACCUCGGAGCAGGCAAAUAUGCCCUUUCGUCUUAUUACCAUAGAAUCUCGGGCCCUGACCUUCAAGUUUCUGGAUAGCCUUAAUGAAACCUGUGUGGUGGAGUGCCACACGGUGAUACAGAAACAAAUGAACUUUCCCAGCCAGCAGCCAGAGUGCCAGGAACGCAACAUUUCCAACUCCAUGCUGUUUGUCACGGGUCUCAAGGCAGAUGUUAAUUACAAUCUGCAUUUCUACAACUGCAAAACGCGCAUUUUCUAUGGCGAAAUAGAUGUGAAGACCGAACAGGAUCCUCCCGGCACCGUCAGCAACUCGCGGCUGAUUAAACAGAAUGGCUUAAAAUUGGUGUGGGGGCCACCAGAAGUUGCAAAUGGUCGAGUACAUCAUUAUGAUAUCCGGUGGUCCUUGGAUAAUGUCACCCACGAGGCUGUUGUUAGGGAUUGCACAGCCUGUUCUUACAAGUUUCCCAAUGUCUCGGAGACGUCCAAGAUCCAUGUGGCAGUUCGCGUGGUGGGUGAUACUGGAGCUGGCGCUCCCAUUUACUUCGACAUGAUUAACAAUAAUCACACAUGGCUGGAGGAGGACAGGGAAACAUCCCAUUCGGAGGUUUAUAGUGGGAUUGCCAUCGGCUCCUUGCUGUCCAUCGCCUGCGUUUUCCUCUUCGGGCUGUUUAUAAUUGUCCAGCAGCGCAACUUCAAGGCCCGUGCCCAAGGACCCACCCACCUGACCACACCCACGGACAUCAAUUUCGGUAAUCUGAGCAGUGCCUCCGGGAUGCCGGGCGACAGUGCCGGCGGGCUGAGUGGUGGCACAUUGCAGCAGGAUUGCCACGAGAUGCAGACCCUCAUCCCGCGUUCGCGUUACCACAUCGAAUUGCUGCCGGAGCACACGUUGGAAUACCAGACGAGUUCGGCGGCCGUGGCGGUGGUCCAUCUGGCCAACGGGAAUGGCAGUGUCCAGGUGGCCAGGCGAUCGGAUCUGGAUGCUGGAGGUGCUGGAGGAGCGGCUCAAGGGGAUUUGGGUAUAGCCGGAGUGCACAAUCUCUCCCAAAUGCCCCUGUGCGGCGGAGGAGGAGGAGGAGGAGGCGUCUCACCGGAGCGGAAGACCGUGCAGGAUGCCAUGUUGCAGGAGGCCACUUUCUAUAUACCCUACAGGCAUACGCCGCCCAAUGCGGUGGCCGGUGGCUCCGAGCUGGAGGUGAUUGUGCCACCCAACUCGCUGCCUCUGGUCACCACCAUGCCGGUGGGCGUGGCAGGCGGAGGAGGAGGUGGUGGCUCCUCCAGUCGGAGGAGUGGCAGCCUGAGCAGCAGCAGUGCCAGCAGCAGCAGCAAUGGCAGUAGCAAAAAACAAUUUCACACCAACUUUGUGCGCCACUCGAAUUCCAACGAUGGGAUUUGCCUGCUGGCCGAGGAGGAGGCGGCGGCCACCUUGACACCCACUUCGGAGCGGGAAUAUGCGGCCGUGUGCCUCACCAAUGGUUUCAAACUGCCCGCCGAAGUGGUCAAGUCCAACAAUAACAAUGGCAGCAAGACCAGCCAGAAGUCAGCAACUGCCAAGGAGUGCCAGCCGCGAGGCAAUGGCAAUCCGAUCUCGUUCAGCCACAAUGCAUCCAAAGUUCCUGCCAACGGACCGGCGUCCGUUAACGUCAGCCAUUCGCCGGGGGUCAAGCAGAAGCAAUCCUGGCCAGCGGCGACCACGGUGGUCCAUCGACGGGCCCAGGUGGAUCCCAAUGGGUGAAGCAAGCAGUAUUUUAACGAAGCUACCACAUAGAAGCAAACAAAACAAAACAGGAAGAUGAGGAGGAUGAACCACAUUCACAGCUCGAAACAUUCCAAAAGUAUAUGAGAUAUGAGAUAUGGCGGAGAUCUUUAGCAUUUAUAAAGAGUACAUUUUAUAAAUGUAAAUAUUUAGUAACUGAAACUAUGGAACUAUGGGAGAAAUGAUUAAUUAAGCUGAUAUUUAUACACACAAACACGCUCGUAUACAAAACAUGUACGCUAAGUUGUAUGCUAUAGUUUUGUCGCGAUUUUUGUACCGUACUUUUGUAUUUGUUUAUAGGUUUUGUUUGUUUUUCUUUCCGUUAAUUGAGGCUAAUUUUUACUUGUAACUUCUCUUACAUAUAAACAUAAUUUAUUGUUGCUUUCGAUGGCAAACACACACAGAAAUAGAAACAAACAUAUAUAGCAAUAGACCGCGCAGCCCGCAAGUAUGCAUUACAAUAUUUGUCGCUGAUAAUUACUACGUUUAACAAUUGUUUCGUAGUUGCCGCAAAAAAUUCAAUUACACUCACAUAGUAUAAUAUAUACACAACGCAAACAGAACAGCCAAAAAACCACAAACACUGCAAUAGCCCACACUCAACCACCCACUCAACCCAAAAAUGAAAACCCAACCAUAAAACCACAAUAGUCACAAGUGUUCACAUCGAUUCCGAUUUAAAACGUAAUCUAUUCAAUAAUAUUUGUAAUUUUAUUUUAUUUAUAUUUGUAGUUCUUUUUUAAGCGAACUGUUUAAUGUUUAAUUUCCGCAUAUUUACUGCUGCAUUUUGUUUUGUUUACACAACCGAUAUAUCAAAUGUACCUGAUUAUAUUCAUUUUGCAUUCUUGUUUUUGUGCUCUCGCUCUCACACUCCUCCCCCCAGAAACAGAAACCAAUAACAAUUCCAAUUUGUGCACACAUAUUACAUAACUCUAUAAUAAGCCACAAAAUCCAUCGUAUUGUAACAUAUAUAGAAUCCAGCAACCGUACCUCGACACAUAGCUACGCCAAACGAAAGUCCUCUGCUCCUUUCCACUCGUAUAUUAUUUUUGAUAGGAUAGGGAAAGUUGAAGUAGUGGCCCACAACACAACGAGUAUUUGUCGAGUUUGCAGAUGUAUUUUGUGAAUUGUUGUUCAGUGUGAAACGAGAUGCGAAAAUUGUUACGAGAUUCAGAGACAGAAACACCCACAUAUACCCCAACCUGCAAAAAAAAACCUAACUAUAGAAGAUACAUUCCACAGGCGUAUACAAGUCACAGAUACACCAAAUUCACACACACACGCGUAACACCAAGAUACGUUUUAAAAUGAGUAAAAAACAAAUACGAAAAAUAUAUAUAUACAAUAUGUAUUCAAUGUGAACGAGAAAUGUGUUUGACAACUGUAACUGUAACUGUAUACGUAUUUAGAGUCUAAGUGCAAUACCAACAAAUAAUUAAAUAGCAAAAGGUAACCUUUAAGAUCCCUGAGGCAGAACAAAACCAACAACUAUAAACAAUAGUACCUUUCCACUCAAGCAGAAGCAACGUUCAAAGUAGCAGACUCACAUCGACUUUCCCGGUUAGUUGCGAAUUUCCAUCCCAACCUAGACCAUAUACCAUAUACCACAUACCAUAACCAUACCAUCCGUGAAUAAACAAUCUGAUUUGUGUUCAAGCUGAACUAAAGCCGCAGACUUUGCACUUCCGAGUCACCGAAAGGAGUUAUAGGCCGAAAUAAUUUUACAAUUUACAAAACAAAUGUGUGCGAAACGCAUGCAAAAGCACACCAAAUGCCACAAAAUGAACUUUAACCUACGAAAAGCAUUUAAAUACACACAAAUAUAUUCCGAAAGAACAACUCAAAAUUCCUAAGAAAAACACAAAAAUAGAAGGAAAAUCAAUUUUAAACGUUACGAAAAUUAAGAAACCAACAAAUUAACUAAAACUAUUAUAUGCAGCAAAAGGCGAAAAGGAAAAUUUAUGUACUAAAGUUAUAUAAUUAGGCGUAAGAAAUCCAUAUGAAUGUACGUGUUUGGAAGGGAAAGGAUAAGAAAACAAGACGAGAAAUUAAGUAAAAUAGCUGCGAUUGUGAUCGCCGUGUAAGUGGAUGUGAUAAAUGUUUAAAUUAUUUAAGCGCAAAAACAAUAAAGAGAUAAUGAAAUUAAAUAUUAGGAAGACAGGAGGACAGAAGAUGGAAACGCGUUUUGCGACUUUUGCAACGGUUUUUUGGCCAACGGAAACCACUCAAUAACUAAGAGUCCACUAAAAUUGUAAGCAAACAAUUAUUAUGUUCUUAUCUUUGGCGAAACUGCUGCUCCUAAAAGCGCAACUCUCUACUAAAAUUAACUAUGCGUAGGUGUAUUUUUAUGUUUUUAACUUUAAUUGCAUUUAAGUCCACAUUUUGUAUACCUCAUUAGUAGAGUGGCGAACAACUAAAUUUUUUGUAAACAUAUUUAGGCUUGGUUUCCUCGUUUUUAGAAUCAGAGCGGCAUAUUUCAACUAUCCCUAACUGAAAACAAACGAAACGAAAACUAAUGUAUUUUUUAUGCAAUUUAUAUGCAUUGUACAUGCAGUCAAAAUUAAUUAUUUGAAGCAACUAAGCUGCCAAGGAUUCGUGUUAAAGAUUUCGAUGCAAGUAAAAUUGGCAGCUGCAACCAACCAGGCCAAAAAAUGGACGAACAAAAUUGGCAAGGCUAAAAAGAGUCUAAAAUGUAAGAAAGCUCGGUGUUUGUUUAGAGAAUACAAGAGAUAUGGCAAAGAAGAAAUGAAUGCAACCUUAACUAUUGGAAAAAUAUACUAAAAAAUAAGUUAUGAUCGAAAACAUA